AUGGCGUCUUCUAGCGACGCGGGCCCCACGCGCAUCGCUAUUUUGGGCAACGAAGACAUUGUCGUCGACCACGGCAUCUGGCUCAAUUUUGUGACUCACGACCUGCUACAGAACAUUCCGUCGUCUACCUAUGUCCUAAUCACCGACACCAACCUGUUCCAAACCUACGUGCCGCCGUUCCAGGCCGUCUUCGACCAGCAUGCACCCAAAGAUGCCCGUCUACUCACGUACGCCAUCCCCCCCGGCGAGUUCUCCAAGGGCCGCGCCACCAAAGCCGAGAUCGAGGAUUGGAUGCUGUCGCAUGCAUGCACCCGUGACACCGUUGUCAUCGCCCUUGGCGGCGGCGUUAUUGGCGACAUGAUCGGCUACGUGGCGGCCACCUUCAUGCGCGGCGUGCGCUUCGUCCAGGUCCCAACAACUCUGCUCGCCAUGGUCGACUCCUCCAUUGGCGGCAAAACAGCUAUCGACGUGCCCAUGGGCAAGAACCUGAUCGGUGCCUUCUGGCAGCCCAAGCGCAUCUACAUCGAUCUCGCUUUCCUCGAGACCCUACCCGUGCGCGAGUUCAUCAAUGGCAUGGCCGAGGUCAUCAAGACCGCCGCUAUCUGGAAUGAGGCCGAGUUCACGGCCCUGGAAGAAAAUGCCCCUGCCAUCCUCGAGGCUAUCCGAACCAAGGGCACAAGCCCUUCUGCCCGCCUCGCCCCGAUCCGUCACAUCCUCAAGCGUAUCGUGAUCGGCUCGGCUGGCGUCAAGGCCGAGGUCGUCUCGGCUGACGAACGAGAAGGCGGCCUGCGCAACCUCCUCAACUUCGGCCAUUCCAUCGGCCACGCAUACGAAGCCAUCCUUGCGCCCCAAGUGCUCCAUGGAGAGUGUGUUGCCAUUGGCAUGGUCAAGGAGGCCGAACUGGCUCGCUUCCUCGGUGUCUUGCGCCCUGGCGCCGUGGCUCGCUUGACCAAGUGCAUCGCAAGCUACGACCUCCCCACCUCGGUACACGACAAGCGCGUCGCUAAGCUGUCCGCCAACAAGGAGUGCCCGAUCGACGUGCUGUUGCAAAAGAUGGCGGUAGAUAAGAAAAACGAGGGCCGUAAAAAGAAGAUUGUCUUGCUCUCUGCCAUUGGCAAGACCUACGAGCCCAAGGCGACCGUAGUGGAGGACCGUGCCAUCCGCGUUGUCCUAUCGCCCUCUAUCCGCGUCACCCCCGGUGUUCCAAGCGACCUCGCCGUGAGCGUGACACCGCCAGGCUCCAAGAGUAUCUCCAACCGCGCACUGAUCCUGGCUGCCCUCGGUGAAGGCACCACUCGCAUCCAUGGCCUGCUGCACUCGGACGAUACCCAGUACAUGCUCACGGCUAUUGCCCAGCUCCAGGGCGCCACCUACUCCUGGGAGGAUGCCGGGGAGGUCCUCGUCGUCACAGGCAAGGGCGGUAAGCUGCAAGCCAGCGGCGAGCCUCUAUACCUGGGCAAUGCGGGCACGGCUUCGCGUUUCCUCACAUCCGUCGUGGCGCUUUGCUCGCCGACGACAGUUUCUUCGACUGUUCUGACGGGCAAUGCGCGGAUGAAGGUACGCCCCAUUGGUCCGCUUGUUGAUGCCCUUCGCGCCAACGGCGUGGACGUCAAAUACCUCGAGAAGGAGAAGAGCCUGCCCGUUCAGGUGGACGCCAACGCCGGCUUUGCGGGUGGGGUGAUCGAGCUGGCCGCCACAGUUUCGUCGCAGUACGUCUCGUCCAUUCUAAUGGCCGCUCCCUACGCCCACAAACCCGUCACUCUCCGACUCGUCGGCGGCAAGCCCAUUUCGCAGCCGUACAUCGACAUGACCAUCGCCAUGAUGGCUACGUUCGGCAUCAAGGCCGAGAGGUCCACCGAGGACCCCAAUACCUACCACAUCCCUCAGGGCGUCUACCAGAACCCAGCCGAGUACGUCAUUGAGAGCGACGCCAGCUCGGCGACCUACCCAUUGGCUGUCGCGGCCAUCACCGGUACCACCUGCACCAUCCCCAACAUUGGCUCCGCGUCUCUCCAGGGCGAUGCCCGUUUCGCCAUCGAAGUGCUGCGGCCCAUGGGCUGCACGGUCGAGCAGACCGCCACCUCGACCACCGUCACCGGCCCGCCCAUCGGAACGCUCCAGGCCAUCAAACAUGUCGACAUGGAACCCAUGACGGACGCUUUCCUGACCGCGUCAGUCCUGGCCGCUGUGGCCUCCGGGACGACUCAGAUCACAGGCAUUGCCAACCAACGGGUCAAGGAGUGUAACCGCAUCGCGGCGAUGAGGAUACAGCUGGCCAAGUUUGGCGUGCACUGCAACGAGCUCGACGACGGCAUUGAGGUGACUGGAAAGCCGUACAAGGAGCUGAAGGACUUCCCCGAGGGCGUCUACUGCUACGACGACCACCGCGUAGCCAUGAGCUUCAGCGUCUUGUCUACCGUCGCACCACAUCCGGUGCUCGUCCAAGAACGGGAAUGCACUGGCAAGACCUGGCCCGGGUGGUGGGAUAUCCUGUCGCAGUCGUUCAAGGUGCAGCUCGCGGGUGAGGAGGACCCAAUUAGCGACGCCCCGACCGAGUCGCCGUCCCGCGCGGGCACUGACCGAUCCAUUUUCGUGAUCGGGAUGCGCGGGGCUGGUAAGUCUACGGCUGGCCGGUGGAUGUCGGAGAUUUUGCAACGGCCCCUGAUCGACCUGGACGUGGAGUUGGAGAGGCGAGAGAACACAACCAUCCCGGAGAUCAUCCGCAGCGAGCGCGGCUGGGAAGGUUUCCGCAAGGCAGAGCUUGACCUCCUCCAGGACGUCAUCCAGAACCAGCCCAAGGGCCACAUCUUCUCUUGCGGUGGCGGGAUCGUAGAGAGCGAAGAGGCUCGCAAGUUGCUCAUCUCGUACCACAAGAACGGCGGCCCUGUUAUCCUGGUGCACCGCGAUACCGAUCAGGUUGUCGAGUACCUCAUGCGGGAUAAGACCCGCCCGGCUUACUCAGAAAACAUUCGGGAGGUGUACCUCCGCCGCAAGCCUUGGUUCGAGGAGUGCAGCAACUUCCAAUACUACAGCCCCCACCUGGACGGCUCCGAGGUGCUGCGAGAGCCCCCAGCUGAUUUCACCCGAUUUCUGUCUGUCAUCUGCGGCCGUUCAACCCAGCUGGAUGACAUCCACAAGAAGAAGCACUCGUUCUUCGUCUCGUUGACUGUUCCGGACGUGUCCGCCGCGCUGGAUAUUAUCCCCAAAGCAGUCGUUGGGUCCGACGCCGUUGAACUGCGCGUGGAUCUGCUAGAGAACUUCGACGCGGAGUUUGUGGCCCAUCAAGUCGCUCUUCUACGAUCGGCCGCCAAGGUCCCUAUUGUCUUCACGGUCCGGACGGUUAGCCAGGGGGGUAAGUUCCCUGAUGACAAGCCGCAGCAGGCUCACGAGCUUUACAACGUUGGCUUGCGCACCGGCGUGGAGUAUCUCGACCUGGAGAUGACGAUGCCGGACGACAUCAUCGAGGCGGUGACCGCAUCUAAGGGCCACACCUACAUCAUCGCGUCGCACCAUGACCCGCAGGGCAAGCUGUCGUGGAAGAACGGGUCUUGGGUUCCCUUCUACAACAAGGCGCUGCGCUACGGAGACAUCAUCAAGCUUGUCGGCGUGGCGAGUGAGGUCAGCGACAACUUUGCGCUUACGAACUUCAAGACGCAGAUGCUCGCCGCCCACAAGACACCGAUUAUCGCGCUGAACAUGGGCCCCGCGGGCAAGCUGAGCCGGGUGCUCAACGGCUUCAUGACGCCCGUCUCCCACCCGGAGCUACCGAUCAAGGCCGCCCCGGGGCAGCUUUCGGCCACCGAGAUCCGCCAGGGGCUGGCCCUGAUCGGUGAGCUAGAGCCCCGGUCGUUCUACCUCUUCGGCAAGCCCAUCAGCUCGUCGCGCUCGCCGGCGCUGCACAACGCGCUGUUUAGCGCGACUGGCUUGCCGCACGAGUACUCGAACUUCGAGACCGACAACGUCGCAGACGUGCAGGACCUCAUCCGGGCCCCACACUUUGGCGGCGCCUCGGUCACCAUCCCGCUCAAACUUGACAUUGUGCCGCUCCUGGACGAGGUCUCGGCCGCAGCGCAGGCUAUCGGUGCUGUUAAUACCAUCAUCCCCGUCCCUUCUCCGUCAAGCGGGCCGGCUCGCCUCAUCGGUGACAACACCGACUGGAAGGGCAUGGUAUUUGCCCUGCGCUCGGCCGGGCUUGUUGCCCAGCAGCGCUCCUCCUCCUCCUCGUCGGGCACCGGCCCCAACUCCAGCUCCGCCAUGGUCAUCGGCUCGGGCGGUACCACGCGUGCCGCCAUCUACGCGCUCCACUCGCUAGGUUAUGCACCCGUGUAUGUCGUCGCGCGGACGCCGGACCGCGUGGCCGAGCUGUCGGCUGGGUUCCCCGCGGACUACCAGAUCCAGUAUCUAGCCUCGCCUGAGGAAACGGCCGCGAUUGCGGCCCGGGGUGGGUUGCCGGGUGUCGUUGUGAGCACCAUCCCCGCGGAUAAGCCGAUCGAUCCGGUGAUGCGGGAGGUGCUUGUUGCGGCGUUGCAGGGAGCGGGGGCCGGGAAUGGUGGGGAGGAGCAGGAGACGAAUACGAAGAAGGUGUUGUUGGAGAUGGCGUAUUCGCCGCGGCAUACGCCUCUCAUGCAACUGGCGGAGGACGCUGGGUGGGCGACGAUCCCCGGGUUGGAGGUGCUUGCUGCACAGGGGUGGUAUCAGUUCCAAACCUGGACCGGGAUCACGCCGCUGUAUGGAGAUGCGCAGACGGCGGUUAUGGGGAAGGAGUCCUCGUGA